AUGCAGCUGUUCGCCGUUAUCGCCAUUGUAGGCAUCUUUGUAGGAGCGGCCAAUGGACAGAUAUCGGUUGGGUCAGUUCUCGUAGAGAACCAAGUAGCACCACUCGGCAUUGAUGUUUCUCCUCGUUUUUCGUGGACAAUUGCCUCAACUGCUCGUAGCGUCACACAACCUUCCUAUCGUAUCACAGUCUCUGCGUUAACAGCAGGUGGCUCUGACGUCUGGGAUUCUGGCGUUAUCAACUCUCCCAGCCCAUAUCUUGCCCCAAAUUCUGGUCGUUCUCUUUCUUCCGACACUCAAUACUUUUGGACCGUGGCCGUUGUCUCCUCUGCCGGCUCUGCCUCGGCUCAGUCCACAUUUACCACCGGUUUCCUUUCCCAAAAUGAUUGGGGCCCAAGUGCUUGGAUCGGAAAGAACGCAACCAUCGUCCCGCAACCCCCUAUAAACGCUUUCACCAGCUCUAACUGGAUAUGGGCCCCCUCUUCCGGCCAAACUGCUCCCAGUGCCCCAGCGGGUGAUAUCGCCCUUCGUCUUACCUACUCCGUUCCAAGCGGCAAAACGGCCACCAGUGCCACUAUCCUCGCCACAGCCGAUGACCUCUUCACACUUUAUGCAAAUGGCCCAAAUUUUCCGCAACGUGACAUUGACUGGUACCUCGGCAUCCCUCGUUUUCGCUCUACGAGCAACCAACAGAGCCGCGUGAGUUCUGGUGGAGCUGGUCCCGCAGGCGUUCUUUUUGCGGCGCUCGUCUCUUUCUCCGACGGUUCUUCCACCAUUUUGACAUCCUCGACAUCAACUUCGACAACGACCAGCGCUUGGAAGGCCACCACUUCAAUCCCCGCUGACUUUCAAUUACCUUCGACUUCUGAUGCAUCGUGGGGCACUGUCCUCAAUCUCGGUACUUAUGGUGUCGGUCCUUGGUCGAAUGGCGUAAGCAUUGCUCUUCCAACUGUUCCCAUUCCGUCGCUUCUUGGAUAUGGAACACCGCUGGUGCUGCAGGAAAUGCGCCCGCCGGAGAUGUCGCGUUUCGUCGGACAGUAUCUCUUCCAUCCAGCUCUACCAAGGACGCCAGUUCUGGCGGCGCCAGUCCAGCAGGCUUCGUGUUCUGGAACGAUCGCCUAUUCAGAUGGCUCUACCGAUAGCAUCAUCAGCGAUGGCAGCUGGAAAACUCUAGGGAGCCUCCCUUCCAAUUGGCAAACUCCGACCUUCAAUGAUGCUUCGUGGGUGGCGGCAAAUGUUCUGGGCAAAUACGGUAUUGGACCUUGGAACAGCGAUGUGAGCAUACCGGAUCCGUUGGGCGAGCAUUUAGCACCUCUAUUGCGGAAACGAUUCGUUCUUAGCGGCACUAGCACUGCUCAAUGGCAAACCAAUCUCCGACCGUGUUAUGACCCGGGCUUCACCAAAUACGACAAACGAAUGCAAUAUGUAGCGGUUGAUAUCAAAAAUCUUCUCAACGGUGGCAGUUCUGCAAAUGCCAUUGGCGCCGAGCUCGGUCGUUCACAUUAUGGUGUUACUCAAGGUAGUGUGUGGAACUGGGCUGGCGCGCCAUGGCAUGGAGAGCCAUAUUGCGACUCGUACUCAGUGUCGUGUAUACCGACGGGUCAUGAGAACACGUUACUUGAUGACAUUUUCGGAGGGGAAAACUAUGAUGCGCGUUACGAAGUUGCUGGAUGGAACUUGGCGUCAUUCGACAACAGUGCUUGGAAUACCGCCUUGUUGGUCCCCGCACCAAAGGGCGCUCUUAUCCAUGCAAGACAACCGCCGACAAGGGUCACAUCGAGUUUUACCCCAAUCAGCAUCACACAACCAUCAAUAUGUCGCCGCCGACGAACGCGUGGUUUCUGGAUGGUUAAGCUGACGGUCACUGGUGCCAGAGGUAGCUUGGUGACGAUACACGAUGGGGAGAAAAUCAGCACAGAUGGCACCGUUAUCUAUCAAGAUACCCAGCACUACUACUUGAAUAACUUCCAGACCGAUCGUUAUUGGCUAUCAGGGACCGGCUCUCCGGAGGUCUUCGAACCCAAGUUUUUGUGUAAGGGCUACCAACAUUCAGAUCAUCGGAUGGCCUUCCUCGACUGCCCCUAA